AUGCUAUUCACAUUGCUCAAAGCUCUGCAGAAAGUGUCCAGAGUUCAUUUGAUCUGUUUUCUAUUAAUGAAAUGUGAUCGGAACUCAUCAUUUGAAACAGAUGACAACCAUUCCAGUAGAUCAACAAGUCAUUGCAUUUUGAUUGAAUUCUACCAUAGGCUGAGAGAAGAGUCCUUGACAGCAAUAUCCCGGCACGUGAAGGAUCUUAGGGAAGCACAGAAGGAAUCUACAUUCUCUGAUGAAAACAACAAAGCAACUGCAAUAGGAAGGGAUAUUCAGGAAAUAUACGACAAACUAAAAGAUUCUUCGCUGCCCAAAGGCCUUUUCACAAAGGAACAGCCUUGGAAGGAUGUAUAUAUCACAGAACUCCUUAAUUGUAUCAAAGAGGAACAUAUGAAGGAUUUUGAACAAGAAUAUUGUUUAGCAGAAAAGAUAGAAUGGGCAACGGAGGACACGGAUAUUGCAGUUGGUGAUUAUGUCAGUGCAUGGUACAGUAUGCUUUGGUCCUGUGCCCAAGAACUGAAGCAUGGUCGUCACUACUUUAUUGCUCUUGGGGAGAUAUAUAGAGUUGCACAGAUUUGA